UUCUUACUCACUCUCUGGAUUUAGGAAAGGCACGCUCAACACGUGGGCGCCGAUUUAUAAAGAAAUUAUAAUCAUUUUCGCUUUGGAAACGUGAUUAGUGCGAUAAGUUAUUGUUGUAUCCGACCCGAAAGAUGUCGCAUCGCGUGUUGGUCAUUGGCAGCGGCGGCCGGGAGCACGCCAUUUGCUGGAAACUCUCCCAGUCCCCAAAGGUGGCCCAGAUCUUUGCCCUGCCCGGGAGCUACGGCAUUCAACAGGUCGCCAAGUGCCAGAACCUGGAUGCCAAGACCCUGGAUCCAAAGGAUUUUGAGGCCAUUGCCAAGUGGAGCAAGGACAACAAGAUCACCUUGGUAGUUGUGGGCCCCGAGGAUCCUUUGGCUCUGGGCUUGGGCGAUGUCUUGCAGAAGGAGGGUGUGGCAUGCUUUGGACCUGGCAAGCAAGGUGCCCAAAUCGAGGCUGAUAAGAAGUGGGCCAAGGACUUUAUGCUGCGCCAUGGUAUUCCCACCGCACGUUACGAGAGCUUUACGGAUACGGACAAGGCCAAGGCUUUCAUAAGAAAUGCUCCCUACCAAGCUUUGGUGGUCAAAGCAGCCGGGUUGGCCGCCGGAAAGGGUGUGGUGGUGGCCGCCAAUGUGGAGGAAGCCUGCCAAGCCGUCGACGAAAUUCUGGGAGACCUCAAAUACGGCCAAGCUGGAGCCACGCUUGUGGUUGAGGAGCUGCUGGAGGGCGAGGAGAUCUCCGUGCUGGCUUUCACGGAUGGCAAGAGCGUACGUCCCAUGCUCCCAGCCCAGGAUCACAAGCGUCUGGGUAAUGGAGACUCCGGACCGAACACCGGAGGAAUGGGCGCCUACUGUCCAUGUCCGUUGAUCAGCCAGCCUGCUCUGGAACUGGUCCAACGGGCUGUUCUGGAGAGGGCUGUCCAGGGUCUGAUCAAGGAGAGGAUUAACUAUCAGGGCGUCCUCUACGCGGGACUCAUGCUAACACGCGAUGGUCCCCGUGUUUUGGAGUUCAACUGUCGGUUUGGUGACCCGGAGACUCAGGUCAUCCUGCCCCUACUCGAAACAGAUCUAUUCGAAGUCAUGGAGUCCUGCUGCAGUGGCCAGCUGGAGAAGCUAUCUUUGCAAUGGCGCAGUGGAGUCAGUGCUGUGGGUGUGAUUUUGGCCAGUGCUGGUUAUCCGGAGACUUCUACCAAGGGUUGUGUUAUAACGGGACUUCCUGCUGAAAAUACUCCUACACAGCUGGUAUUCCACAGUGGCCUGGCCGUCAAUGAGAAAAAAGAGGCCCUGACCAAUGGAGGACGUGUUCUGAUCGCUAUUGCCUUGGACGGAAGCCUGAAGGAGGCUGCUGCCAAGGCCACUAAACUGGCCGGCAGUAUCAGCUUCUCCGGCACAGGAGCUCAGUACAGAACGGACAUUGCCCAGAAGGCUUUCAAAAUAGCCAAAACCAAUGCUCCGGGCUUGAGCUACAAGGACAGCGGGGUGGACAUCGAUGCCGGGGAUGCUCUGGUCCAGCGCAUCAAGCCCCUGUCGCGCGGCACCCAGAGACCUGGCGUCCUCGGGGGUCUUGGUGGUUUUGGAGGGUUGUUCCGCCUGAAGGAGCUUAGCUACAAGGAGCCCAUUAUCGCCGAGGCUACUCAGGGAGUAGGUGCCAAGAUUCAACUGGCACUGCAACAUGAACUCUACGAGAACGUGGGCUAUGAUCUGUUCGCCUUGACGGCCAACGAUCUGCUGGAGGUGGGAGCUGAGCCAGUGGCUUUCCUGGACUACAUAGCCUGUGGCAAAUUGCUCGUUCCUUUGGCCGCCCAACUGGUUAAGGGAAUGGCCGACGGAUGCCGGGAUGCCCGGUGUGCUUUAGUAGGUUCGUUGGUACCUUAUAAGAUUUUAAUACCUGUUAUUAAAACCAAUUGCUCCCCAGGUGGCGAGACAGCAGAGAUGCCUUCUCUUUACGCUCCAGGACAGCAUGACAUGGCUGGCUACUGCGUGGGAAUCGUGGAGCAGUCACGGAUUCUACCCCGUUAUGAUCUGUACCAGCCGGGGGAUCUGCUCAUCGGUCUUCCAUCGUCUGGCCUCCACUGCGCCGGCUUCAACGAGAUACUAACCCAGUUAACCGCCGCCAAAGUGAAUCUCAAGGAACUCUCUCCUGUCGAAGGUGGAGAGGACGGCCUUUCCCUAGCUCAAGUCCUUGGCACGCCCACCCGAUUGUAUGUAAAGGAGUUGUUGCCACACCUACAGAAGGGAGGCGAGAUUAAGUCAUUGGUGCAAGUGACACAUGGUCUUAUCAAGGACGUGCAGCGCCUCUUGCCUGAAGGAUACGAGACAACACUGGACUUUGGUGCAGUUCCAGUGCCAAAGAUCUUUGGUUGGCUGGCCGGAAAAUUAAAACUAAGUGCCCAGACCUUGCUGGAGAGGCACAACUGUGGCAUAGGCAUGGUGCUUAUCCUUCCACAAACCAGUCAGCUAUGGAGGACAUCCCUGCCGGGAGCCAAGGUACUGGGUAUUCUCCAGAAGCGGGCAAAAACCGCUUCCAGUGGCUCACCAGUGCAGGUUAAAAACUUUGUGGAGCAAAUACAGUCGGUGGCCACCAAAUUCGGCGGUCCCGGUGAACGAAUACUGCCAGAGGAACUGAAAGAGCUAUCGGCGAAGAGCUCCCCAACUACUCCUCGCGCAGAGUGCUUUGAGAAUGCCGCAGGACGAAGACUAACUCGCAUUCCAGAUAACUACAAAGAUCCCAUUCUCAUCCUGGGCACUGACGGCGUUGGAACAAAACUGAAAAUAGCCCAACAAACUAAUAGAAACUCGAGCGUAGGUAUCGAUCUGGUGGCCAUGUGUGUUAACGAUAUCCUCUGCAACGGAGCCGAGCCCCUCAGUUUCUCCAGCUACUAUGCUUGCGGUCAGUGGCAGGAGGAAUUGGCAAUAGAAGUGGAUGCCGGAGUCCAGGAGGGCUCCCGUCAGGCUAAUAGCAGCUUUAUCAGUUCCCACAGCGCAGCCUUACCUCUUCUCUAUGAGCCAAAGGUUUAUGACUUGGCCGGUUUUGCUCUGGGUAUUGCGGAACGCUCCGGAAUCCUGCCCCUCUUGGAUGCCAUUCAACCGGGAGACGUGCUCAUCGGGUUGCCUUCCUCAGGAGUACACAGCAACGGCUUCAGUCUGGUCCAUGCGGUUCUCAAACGCGCUGGUUUGGGACUCAACGACAAGGCGCCUUUCAGCGUGAAAACUCUGGGAGAGGAAUUGCUGGUGCCCACCAAGAUCUAUGUCCAGGCCCUUGUCGCACUGCUCACACGCCCAAAUCACGGCAUCAAGGCACUGGCUCACAUAACCGGCGGAGGACUUAGUGAGAAUAUUCCAAGGGUUUUGCGAAAGGAUCUGGCUGUUCGGCUGGAUGCCAACAAGUUCCAAUUGCCGCCUGUAUUUGCCUGGCUGGCCGCAGCCGGAAACAUCAGUUCCACAGAGCUGCAACGCACUUACAACUGUGGUUUGGGCCUGGUCCUAGUGGUGGCUCCCACCGAGGUGGAGAAGGUUCUCAAUGAGUUGAGGUAUCCUCAGCGUGCCGCCGUCGUAGGAGAAGUGGUUGCCCGAAAAGAUCCCAAGAAGCCACAGGUCGUGGUGCAGAAUUUCGAGGCUUCAGUGACGAGGACCCAGAAGCUUUUGUCCACACCAAGGAAGCGAGUGGCCGUGCUUAUCUCGGGAACCGGCAGCAACCUCCAGGCACUCAUUGAUGCCACGCGGGACUCAGCCCAGGGAGUCCACGCCGACGUAGUUCUAGUGAUUAGCAACAAACCUGGUGUUCUUGGACUAGAGCGUGCCGCCAAGGCGGGCAUACCUUCGCUGGUCGUUUCCCACAAGGACUUUGCCAACCGCGAGGUCUACGAUGCUGAGCUUACGCGAAAUCUGAAGGGAGCCCGCGUGGAUCUCGUUUGUCUGGCCGGUUUUAUGCGAAUCCUGAGCUCUCCGUUUGUCAAAGAAUGGCGUGGCCGUCUCAUCAACAUUCAUCCAUCCUUACUGCCAAAAUACCCCGGUCUUCAUGUCCAGAAACAGGCUCUGGAGGCGGGUGAAAAGGAAUCUGGCUGCACUGUUCACUUUGUGGACGAGGGCGUUGACACUGGCGCCAUUCUCGUCCAGGCUUCGGUACCCAUUUUGCCCGGCGACAAUGAGGAAGCCUUGACGCAACGGAUCCACAAAGCCGAGCACUGGGCAUUCCCGAGAGCUCUGGCACUGUUGGCCAAUGGCUCAGUUCGCCUGAGUCCAGAGGGAAAGUGUCUCGGCAAAGAUGGCCAGUAAAUCCGUUUAGUU